AUGCUUAAGUCCAUUACAGAAUUGUAUGAUCAAAAUUUGUCCAAAUUUAUGCAAUCUAAUCAAAAUUUAGAAAGCAAAUCAAAUAUUACUUACAAUGGUUUUAUCAGAAGUGAUGCCAAGCAGAGUUGCCAAACUUCUCAAAAACAUCUGAAAAUUACUCGAAGUCAUAACAUCAGCCCUAGCAUUGGAUAAUACAAUGUAUCCUACAAAUGUCUUGACACUCAUCGAUAUGAAGUCAAUUUCGGCAGUCCCAGAAGUGUUCGUAAACCUAUUGAAGAGAUGCCGAUGACCAUGAGGGCGAGUCCUGUUAACAACCAUAUGAAAUAGCAUUCAAUAAAGGGAGGAACUGACUUUGAAAAAUAAGUGAGCAGAGAAUAGAUGUAUUUAACUAGAGGAUGGCUUAAGUUCGAUAAGAGUAUGCGUGCACCCAAGAGAACAUUGGAAGAAAAAUUGCAUAAACUUGAAGUUGGACAAGAAGCUUUAUUGAAAUUUCCAUCAAUUGAAGUCAAGGAGAAUCCGUAAUUAUAAAUGAAAGUUACUCAUUUACCUUAUGAUUAUGAAAAGAUCAGAUAAAUUAGCAGACAAUACCUGUAUAAAUAUAUUAAUCCUUAUUCAAGACAAAAAUACCACAUCAAAGAAUCAGCUCUCCGAUUUUACAGCCCUUGA